AUGCCGAAGAACUUUGUGUUGUCUACUGCACUCAAGUCAUAUGAAGGAUUCGGAGAUCCUCGCGUCCAUAUUAAGAAAUUUCAAUCCAUGAUGUUCUUUAAUGGUGCCUUUGACCCUAUACUCGGUCGAUCUUUUCCAACUUUUUUAGAUGGUGCUGCUUUACUUGGGUUUUCUAAGAUACCUGCAGGUUCAAUCUCUUGCUUCGAAGAAUUGGCAAGGUCUUUCAUCGACUACUUCGCAGCUUCACAAAUAUAUGUGCACGGGUCUGAUUACCUCAGUAGUAUCAAGCAAGGUCCACAUGAAAGCUUGAAAGACUACAUGACGCAGUUCGCCAAAGCAACUAUAGAGAUCCCCAACCUCAACCCUGAGGUACACCUAUACGCACUAAAGAGCGGCCUCUGCCCAGAAAAGUUCCAGGAGACUAUAGCUAUUACCAAGCCAAAAAUGCUAACAAAAUUCCAAGAAAAAACUGUGACCCAAAUGAAAAUUGAAGAACUCCGUGAAGCUCGGCGAAUAGAGAAACGACAGCCUCAUGAUGCCAGGACAUCUUGGCUAGUUUGA